GACCACUUCACGAUGAGUAGCUGCAAGAAAUUCUUUCAGUCUCAUAUUCGUCCUUAUUUGAAGACUUUUGUUGUCGUCCUAUCUCCACUUCUCCUCCUACCGUUGGCCUUCCAUGGAGCGGAAGCGCGAGCUGGUUAUUGUGUCCUACUGAUGACCGUUUACUGGCUCACAUCAGCGCUACCAGUGGCAGUUACUAGUCUUUUACCUAUUGUUAUGUUCCCAUUGCUGGACAUUUUGAGCACUUCUGAAGUUUGCGCUCUCUAUAUUAAAGAGUCUAAUAUUGUUUUCUUCGGGGGCGUAGUGCUGGCACUAGGCGUCGAACGAUCCAACCUACACAGAAGAAUAGCACUACGAGUCAUCCUCACAUUCGGCACUAAUCCCCGAUGGUUGAUGUUGGGCUUCAUGAUUGUCAGUAUGCUACUGUCGCUAUGGAUAUCUAAUUCCGGAGUGACAGCCAUGUUGAUCCCCAUCGUGGACGCUGUAGUCGAUGAGCUGUUUCAAGAUUCCAAGGAUGUCGAGUUGGGAGUGAACUACAUGGCGUCCCAAUCAGGCCAUUCACCUGUCACCGUCGUACACGAGAAGGAACCGCCGUCAGAGAGGAGCAAUGGUCUCAAUAGCAUCAAGCGGAAGAUUAAGAUUCCAUUCCUCAUAGCAGUUAGUUACACCGCGAGUAUUGGUGGCACAGGGACACUGAUUGGCUCUGGGCCGCCACUGGCUUUCAAGGGGAUUCUAGAAGAGUUAUACGGGUCUGAGACCGGAUUGAGUUUUGCCACUUGGAUGGCCAUCGGUGUACCUGUCGCAUUCUCCACCACCUUCUUCGCCUGGCUCUGGCUUCAGCUUCUCUUUAUGGAGAAUUUCAAGUCAAGUCAAAACGAGGAAAGUGGAAUGCGGAACAAAAACGAUAUCAAAUCCUCCAUUCGAAACCAAUACAGAGAGCUCGGGCCAAUAACCUUUUACGAGAAAUCAAUCAUGUUUCUAUUCGGACUGCUAAUCGUGUUGUGGGUCUCUAAAGAUCCUCAGUUUAUUCCCGGCUGGGAAGACCUGUUCCCGAUUGAGCAUAAGAUUGGAGACGCCACAGUAGCCAUUGCUAUUGUUCUUCUCGCAUUCGUACUGCCAUCUAAACCCAAUUUCUGGUGUUUCACUCGCCCUGGCAAAGAACCAAACUCGAGUCCAGCUCUACUCGAAUGGAGUUACGUUCAGCAAAGAUUUCCAUGGAGUGUUCUUCUUCUGUUGGGUGGAGGCUACGCCAUCAGCGACGCUUCUAAAGUCUCUGGAUUGUCUAUUUUGCUUGCUCACCAUCUAUCUGCUUUAGCUGCUUUGCCUUCUUUUGCCGUCAUGUUUCUCCUAUGUCUACUAGCUUCUGCCAUGACCGAAAUAGCCUCGAACGCAGCCGUGGCCUCCAUCUUGCUUCCCAUCGUGGCACAAAUUGGCGAGGUAACCAAUAUGAACCCACUUUACCUGAUGAUUCCCGUCACCUUCAGCUGCUGUCAUGCCUUCAUGUUGCCUGUUGGCACACCGAGCAACGCCAUGGUUUUUUCAGCCGGCAAGAUGAAACCUGCCGAAAUGAUUAAAGCUGGAGUAGUUAUGAACAUCAUCAGCAUACUUAUUUUAUGCAUAGAUGUUCGUGACUUGUUCAGAAACUGGAGGGAAGAGAACUGUCGGCAAAGUGAAGACGUGGUUGAUCUCUGGAAAGAGGUCUUGGCAAAUCAUUUCGGUAAACUAGGGGAUGAAGGUUGGCUUGUCUUGGAGCAAGUCUUUAUUGCAGCACUGGACUGCCAUAGUAUGGAAAUAGCAAACUUUUGUCUUUCAAAAUUGAAUCAAGAAUUUCCUGAUAGCAUGAGGGUCAAGAGGCUCAAGGCAAUGAAAUAUGAAGCUUUAGAAAGAUAUGAGGAUGCUUUGGAUAUCUUAGAUUUAAUCAUUAAGAAAGAUGAAACCAAUGCUGCCUCACGUAAACGCAAAGUAACAAUCUACAAGUCACAGGGAAUGAUAAUUGAGGCCAUAAAAGAAUUGACCGAUUAUCUUAGAAUCUUCAUGGCUGAUCAGGAGGCAUGGAUGGAAUUGUCUGAUCUUUACAUCAGUCAACAGGAGUGGAACAAAGCUGCAUUUUGUGUUGAAGAAUUAAUGCUACACAGCCCCUUCAACCAUUUGUAUCUUCAAAGAUAUGCAGAAAUCAAGUAUACUCAGGGAGGUUAUGAAAAUCUAGAAAUUGCUAGAUCUUACUAUGCCCAAGCUGCCAAAUUAAAUCCAAACAAUGUUAGAGCGCUUUAUGGUCUCUUGCUUACCUCUGUGCAUAUGGCAUCAAACUCAAAAUGCCCUUCUCAAAAGAAGAAAGAAAGCAUCAAGUUGAGUGAAUGGGCUACAAAUCAACUGUCUCAACUUCAAAGUUCCAACGACAGCAAACUAUUUUCAUCCCAGAUUCUUGAAGGAAUGGGUAACCUGCAGAUUGGCAAUGAUUCAAAAAGAUCCAUCAUUGUCUCAAAAAUGCUGAAAGAGUGCAGUUUACUGUUCGUUUGCUGGACGACUUUAGCGCUGACAGCUACCCUACAGCCGCUUCCCAGCUAUGGGGUAACAGGAGACUGCCGAUCCAGUGAAGACUGUGGCCCGUCCAGUUGUUGCCUACUCGGGAUGAUGAGGUACAGUACGCCUUGGUGCGCCCCACUACUGAAAUUGGGCGACGAAUGCCGACCGUCCAGCCGUCAGUUAAUAAAUCGAACAUUGUCUUACCCAGGAGGCCUUGAAAUCUUCCUUAAAGAUGCUCAUCAGGUUUUGUGUCCGUGUGACGCCAAUGAAGGACUCGUUUGCAGCCCGCUAAAAGGGACGUGCGUCUACGAUGUCGCCAAUGACAUUACUCCACUCUAGUACUAUUAACCUGAUUUCUGUCGUUUGUGUUGGAUGCUUCUUCAAAUGAUGUCGAAUGAUUUCACGUGGUUCCGCCUUAAAAAAAUAAACCCGUAACGAGAA